AACUGCUUCAAUUUCAAAUAAUUAAAAGCUACAAUGAGUAUUCCCACCUCUGCCACCAAAGUUGUUUUAAAGAACGCUCCUACUAAGGAAGUCAACUACGAGUUCGGCCAACCAUCUUCUACUUUCGAUGUUGCUACCGAGAAGCUUCCAGAACUCCAGGAUGGCCAGAUUUUGGUAAAAAUCUUGUAUCUCUCCAAUGACCCUACUCAAAGAACCUGGAUGCAAAAGGAUCAAGAUUUGAGCAGAGCCUACGCUCCACCAAUCUUGCCAGGUGAUGCUGUCAAGUCAUUGGCUUUGGCUGAAGUUGUUGCUUCCAAGUCUUCCAAGGCUGCUGUUGGUGCUGUUGUCUCCGGUAGAUUUGAAUGGGCUGAUUAUGCUGUUGCUAGCGAAGCACUGAUCUUCAACAUUGUAGACCAAUCCAAGGGUUUGCCAUUGCCAUUCUACUUGUCUGUUCUCGGUAUGACCUCUUUGACAGCCUACUUUGGUUUGACUGAAGUUGGUCAAUUCAAGAAGCCAGCUGAAGGUGAGAAGGGUCCAAUUGUUGCUGUAUCAGCUGCUUCUGGAGCCACAGGCUCUAUGGUUGUCAAGAUUGCCAAGCACAUCUUGGGUGCCUCAAAGGUCAUUGGUAUCUCUGGUUCCGACGAAAAGUGUAAGUAUGUCGAAAGCAUCGGUGCCGACUACUGCGCCAACUACCACGACCCAGAAUGGAAGGAAAAGUUAACUAAAGAAAUUGGCCAAGAUUACAUCGACAUCUACUUCGACAACGUUGGAGGUGACAUCUUGGGUUUCAUGUUGUCCAAGAUCAAGAGAUUCGGCCGUGUAGUAGCCUGUGGUGCCAUUUCUGGCUACAAUGACAGAGAAUUGAUCAAGGUUCCAAACUGGGGUGAAAUUAUCACCAACAGUUUAACCGUCCAAGGUUUCAUUGUUGGCAACUACCUUGCCAAGGUUCCUGAAGCCAUCGCUGUUCUUGCUGACGGUCUCACCACCGGCAAACUCCAAGUUGCUGAAUCAUUCCAUGUCGAAGACCUCAGUGAAAAGGAAGACAAGUUCGAGCAAAUUCCACAGGUGUGGAAGCUUUUGUUUGGUAACCAAAAGCCAAACGGUAAGUUGAUUACAAAGAUCGCUUAAGUGUAUGAUAAUAUGUAUGACUAGCUAUAAUAAACAUUAAGCUGU